UGACUGAGAUUCUCACAGAAAAAACGAGAAACAGCCAGAGAGAAAAGAGACAUCAGGCACCAGCAGAGUUGAAACAGAAGCAUUAGCAGAGGCUGACCAGAGCAGAGGCUGACCAGAGCAGCUUAAAGGUAGUGGUAAUCGUCAAUGAGCCUGGAUUCGGAGGUUUGAGGAGUGUUUGUUUGGCUUGACUUUGGAAGAACUCUUGCUUUGUUGCUCCUGAGACAGACUCCACUUCGAAUAGGACAAGGUACCAGAAAGAGCAAGAGAAGACAAGUUUGAGACGAGCAGCUGUGUUCUUCCAGCUGUGUUAACACUUGGUGUUACAUUUGAUUUAAACUAGAUUUAAUUUAGUUCCCAUUUGGGCUUCUGUUUUACCAAUGGCUGCUGUGCGUCAGAUGGUUAUGGAGGCCUCUGGCUUCCAUGUCCUGCCAGCUCACCUUAUGGCCUCAGCCAUGGAGGAGUUUCCCCAACAGCUGCCUGUCCCCAAGGGCCCAGCAAGAGGCAAGAGCCGCACCCGCCGAUCUCGCGAGGCUCGCUUCAAAACACAGCCUGUCACUUUUGCUGAGAUCGCAGAGGUAGAAGAAGAGGGUUCCUCACCCCUGGAGGAGGAGAGGGCACGUCGUUCCUUCCUGCAGUCCCUGGAGAAUCUGCGGCGGAGCACACAGACCCUCCAUUGUCCACCGGCUGCCCAUCACAGCUGCACCCCCACACAAACACAGGCCAGCCUGGACUCCAGUGACUCCGACUCAACCCAGUGAGGAGUGGGACAUGCCCAUCUCCUGGCACCCAUGUUCCCCGCUUCGCCUUGACGCCGCUUCGAAUGGAGUCCAACUGAACUGAAUCAAACUGGCCUGUGUGUGUAAGCUACUGCUGCCAUACAAAAGUCUGCAUUUAAUAUAUACUAACAUAUCAACAUACAGUAUAUAGCUCGGAGAUGCACUUGACGCAUAUCUGCAAAGAAGCCACAGGCUGGUUAUACUGCUGUUUAGGUAAUGAUGAGUAUAAAAGUAGCAGAUGACACAGUGUUGAACACACCACUCUUCAUAUUCCUUUUCUACUGUAGAUUUCUUUGAGGGGAAAAAAUGAGUGAGCAAAGAGGGUUGAUAUUUUUCCAUUUUAAAGUUGUAUAAGUAUUUUUGUUUCAAUCUAGAUUUUUCUACUUGACCAGUCACCAUGAAAAUGUUCGUAUUGUGACUUACCAUGCUGUACAUACUUUGACUAAGCAAUGUACUGAGCAUUGAAAGUGACCUGGCUGUCACUGAAGCAGUAGAGUAUCAUUACAAAGCUUUGUCAGGAGUUCAAGCUCUUGUUUUCCAGCUUCACGGUGAAUUCCUGAGCAAAAAAAGGCUUUUUAAAUGUAUUUAUUUAUUCUUUUAUUUUGGUCAUAACCAAGUGGAGUUGUAGAUGUGAUAUUUUAUUCCCCUUUCUGACUUUUAAAGUCAAUUUGACUUCAAAAAAUCAUAACAUUUAUACUGUAUAUUUCACUUUAUACAUAUAUAUUACAAUAUUUGUUAUAUGUACUUUAAUAAAUAUUUUCAAGUAUUUU